AUGCAAGAUGUCAAUGAUUUAGAAUGUGGUAGAGACCGAUCUAAUGAUGCUGAUGUAGAUGGAAAUAUUGAUUUCACAACAAAUCAAGAAGUUGUGUACAAAUUUAGAGAUAGAAAUAAGAGAUUAGUUACAGAAUGGCAAGUUUUCUUUGAAAAUGACAUAAAAUCAGAAAAGGUGCAGGUUUCUCAUGGUGAUAUUUUUAAGGGAGCGCCUUCAGCAGAUGCUAUUGUAUCACCAGCAAACAGUUUUGGUUUUAUGGAUGGAGGUAUUGAUAUGGCUUAUAGCUUGCAUUUUGGAUGGCAACUGCAGAAACGUCUACAAAAAGUGAUUAGAAAAGAACACCAUGGAGAAAUCUUAGUGGGUGCUGCUGUUAUUAUACCAAUAUUUGAAGGUGGUGCUAAACAAGAAUCUAUGAACUGGAAAGGUGCUAAUGAGAAUAAACCUAUUAAGUAUUUAAUCUCGGCACCAACUAUGAGAGUACCUCAAUUUGUAGAUGAUACUGUGAACUCGUAUCUUGCCUUUAGAGCUGUUGUUCUUGCAGUUGAAAAUUUUAAUAGACAUCAUGAUGAGAAGAUAAAAAGUGUGCUAUGUCCUGGAUUAGGAACAGCUGUAGGUAGAAUGCCAUUUGAUAGAUGUGCCUUCCAGUACAAAAGACCUCAUGAUAGUGAUGAAGAUGAUGAUGUCAAUGAACAUAGUUUAAAUAGAAGAUUAAAUUUUAGACCAUCCAGAAGGAAAUAA